GUAGACGGAGGCGCCGCUGCGGAGAGGCCGGCGUCAAUCUGCGCGCGUCUCUCCUGUGCCCGUUCGUCCGCGGAUGUGCCCGGUGCUUGUCAUUGCUUUACCGUCGGAAACUGUUCGAGAGCAAUUACAGCUUCAUUUGUGGAGUUCAAUUCAUUUCAUGUGACUGAAGUUCGAGCAGACUCGGAUCGGAUUGGCUCUUUCUCCGCCAGUGGCACCAGAGCAUCCGCACUUUGGUUCGGUUCAGCUCAGCUGAUCUUCAUCCGUUCAGCCGGUGUGGACUCAUACUCUUGAGCUCUGACAACUUGAACAACUCCAGGAUGUUGCGUGUCGGGCUGCAGCUGCAGGUUCUUGCGGUUCUGCUUGUGUUGUCAGCAGAAUGCGGUGUGACUCGAGCCGAGACUCCGGUGACGGUCCGGAGAGUGACCCAUCCUCCGCUGCGGCGUCCUUUAGCCGACUCCGCUCUGCUCCCGUGUGUGUUCACCCUGCAGGCCACCCUGGUCCCGGGACACGGCCCCUUCAUCCACUGGAGCCGUGGCUCCGGAGCGCAGGAGAGGACGGUGCUGUCGGCCCGGGACGGGGUGGUCAGGGUGCACCAGGCGUACGCGGGUCGGGUCAGUCUGCCCGGAUACUCCGCCAACCCACUCAACGCAUCACUGGCGCUUUCCCAGCUCCGCUCCAAUGAUUCCAGGACUUUCCGAUGCCACGUCGCCCUGGGAGAACAUUAUGAGCAGGAUACGGUCAACCUGGAGGUCACAGGUGUGGUGUUUCACUACGGUUCUCCCGCGGCCCGUUAUUCGCUGGCGUUCGCGGAGGCUAUCCGCGCGUGUGAGGAGAAUUCGGCUGAGGUCGCGACCCCCGAGCAGCUGUGGGCGGCGUUUCACUCCAGCAUGAACAGCUGUGCGGCCGGAUGGCUCAAAGACCAGAGCGUCAGGUAUCCCGUACAGAGACCCGAGCUCGGUUGCUAUGGACACGCAGAGUUUUCUCAAGGCGUGAGGAAUUAUGGGAAACGGGACCCUUUGGAAUUGUUUGACGUUUACUGUUUUGCCAAUGACAUGCAAGGUGAAGUGUUUCCCGCCGCUGUUCCUGACCGACUGACUCACGUCGAAGCCUCAGCUCACUGCGCGUCUCUAGGGGGCCGGCUGGCGACCGUCGGUCAGCUCUAUCUGGCCUGGAGCUCUGGGCUGGACCACUGCGAGCCGGCCUGGCUGUCUGACGGGAGCGUGAGGUUUUCCGUCAGCUCGCUGCGCUCGGACUGUCCCGCUGGAGAACCAGGCGUCCGAACGGUUUCACCGACAGAACUGAACAACGGGAGCACGCGGUUCGAUGCUUUCUGCUAUCGAGACGCACAGACUGCCGGCCAGUCGGACCUGCCUGACCUUCGACCCUCUAACUGGACCGGACAGGUGGAUCUGGACAAAGAGCCGCUCACGGCUGAACCUGCUGAGCUCUCGGCCGAGUAUCUGACGGUCCGUCUGCACGCCGGAGACACGUCUCUGGACUGGAGCGGCCAGCUGGACUCGUUCCCAGACAGCCGACAGGUGCUUCCUGAUCUGAGUCCUGGUGGCUCGGCCCGAGAGGAAGAGGACGAGGAUGAAGGUCUGUCUGGUCAGUCUGUGAGUCCUGCAGCUCCUUCAGACGCUCCUCAAGAAAAGGCCAAGAGUCCCCUCACCAACAUCGUCAGCUCGUUAUGGAAACCCUGGAGCUACUUGACAGGAAGUGAAGCCGAGGCGACGAGCACGAGCGCAGCUGCGACGGAGACCACUGCCGCUCCCGGAUCAGGGUUGAGGUCGUGGUGGAGCCGCUCAUGGCUGUCUGGUCCUUCAACCGUCCCUGAUAAAUUAAUCACCUCCUUUCCGUCCACGAGUUCAGUCGUACCAAACGCCACCAGAGACGGACCGGGCGACAUUCAGACCAGUCGACCUGCACAGGACGGUCCGGCGACGACAGCUGAUUGGGUCGUGGUGACCGAAAUACCUGAGCAGAAAACCGAACCCCCUGAACCCAAAGUCUCCGUCUCGACCCAGAACUACUCCAGAGAGAGUCGAGUCCCGGAGACGGAGGGCAGCUCGUGCAGCUCCGCUGGAGAAGAAGGAUGUGGCUCAUCUGCAUUUGUGGUCAAAACACCCAACGAACCAAUUAGGGCUGAAGCGAUGGUUUGCUGCUGUAAUGAAGAGAAACAGGCCUGGAUGAGGGGGCGUGGCCUGCGGA